GUAGUCCAUAUUUUCGGCCGGGACAGUAGCAUGGCCAGCAGUGAAAGUGAGAUUUAACUCCGUAAACUGGGACAAUUCUGAUUGUGGGAACUGAUGAGUAAACAAAAACACAUAUGAAGAGUAAAUUGGACCAGGAAAUUUUCUUGACGGGUUUCGUACGGGUAUUGGUCUUCAAUAGCUGUAGCCUAGAGGCAGCAGGAUGAAUGUGGAGACUCUCAGUAAAGCUGAACUUCUGAUGCUGCUUAGCAUUCUGGAAGGAGAACUGGAAGCACAGGAUGUAGUCAUACACACACUCAGGGCACAACAGAGAGAUGCAUUUGUACAGGAGCGAUAUGGACAAUAUGACCUCCGUGACCCGUUCGUAGCGCUGCUGAGGGACAGCGAGCUGUCACAGGCUCAGGAUGAUGGAGGGCAGGGCCCUGUAUGUCUGAACCCGUUGGGCGUGUUGAGGCUGGUGAUGGCCCACUGCACCAACAUGAAGGAGAAUAUUAUGAAACAGCUCGCUGCUGUAGAGAGGAGACAAAGACGGGUCAUAGCUGAUUUAGAGGCAGAGAAAAGACGGCGUGUUCAAGAUGCUGCUGUGGGUGAUGACAUCACAGCCAUGCUGGAGAAGGAACGAGAUAGACUACUGCAACAGCUGGAUUUGGAAAGGGCUCAGUUCGAACGUUUGGAGCGUGAGCAGUCAGUCCUGUCGAAUCAGGCUGAGGAAGAUUUAGCACAGCAACAGCAGUUAUCCACGACACUGGCUACAGAAUAUCAGAGGGCUAAAGCACGGGCAGAUGAGGAGAGCCAAUGUGUAGCAGAGCUCAGCCGCCAGUUGGAACAGCAGCGCAAUACCUGUGACACCUUGAAAGGGGAGCUGGAGAGGGAACGCAUUCAUGCUAAGCAGAUAGAGGUGAGAGCCGAGAAACAGCUGGCUGAAUUUGAUACAGAGCGGGAGCAGAUGAGAGGGAAACUACACAAGGAAGAAAAAAGAUAUCAAGAACUUCAGGAGCAGCUUAAUAGUCUAAAGAAAGAGCUGGAGGAAAUGAAACAAAGGGAAAAGAAAGGGAGAGAAAACAUUGAUGAAGAAAAGUUAAAAACGCCACAAAAAACACCUCCUCUUAGUCACACAGAAAUAGAUGGCAAAACUGUUGGAUCAAAAUCAUUGCCACAACCAAAACUAAAUGGUCACCACACCCCCAGGGAAGCAGAGUCCCCAGUAGAGGAGCAGUGCAAGGAAGGGGGAUUGGUGGACAAUGGGGUCGGGCUCCCUGGAGGAGGAGGUGCCUUUCAGUGUCUCUCUCCCAGCAGUCCUGCCUCGUCCUCCCUUAGCUCAUCUCCCUGCUCUUCCCCUGUUCUGACCAAGCGUCUGGCUUCUCUGGGUUGCUCUAGUCCCACCUACCCCUCCUCCUACCAGGUGAGCAUCAACCAACGUUUCCAAGCUGCACGCCACAGGUUUCAGCAACAAGCCGAGGCAGAUCAGCACCAACACGUAGUAAACGUUGUCCACUCACCACGGGACCUCUCCCCCACUGCUGCCUCUCCUACUCCUCCAGACAAUUCUACUGCAAAGCAGAUCGCCCGCAACACUGUCACUCAGGUGCUGUCCCGGUUCACAAGCCAGCAAGUGGCAGGUAAACUCCCUCCUGCCAACAGCUCACCCUUUGGCACUGAUUAUCGCAGUCUGGCCGCCGCCUCCUCACCGACAGGAAAAAGCCCUGGGGUUCUCUCACCAGGUAUACGCUCGCCAAUCAUUCCUAGGGCAGAGAAGAUUCAUCCACCCCCUGUUCCUCCCGAAAAUCAGGGGGUCAAUCAGUCUCCUGGAUCCCCUGUGCUUUCCUGCAGGGCCAGCCACUUCCCUGAGCUCUCUGGGAGCUGCAGCCUUAACAGCGGCCAGGAGGAUACUAAAGAGCUUGACCUUGUCAUGUCUUCAUUUAGUUAACCAGCCUGGAGCCCACAGUCAAUAUACAUUGCAUUCCCUCCAAUGGCAUCUUUACACUUUGAUAACCUCAAAUUCAUGCAUUUUCUCAACCUAAAUGUCUAGUGCAGUGGUUUUAAAAACUGAUCCUGGAGUACCCUAACACUGAACAUUUUAGAUGUCUCCCUUAUUUAACAAACCCGAUUCAACUCAUCAGUUCAAAAGUUGAGGCUACAAGAUCUGAAACUGGGUGUGACAUUUAAGGAAGACAUCCAAAAUGUGCAGUUCUGGGGUACUCCAGGACCAGGAUUAAGAUGUGGACUGGUCUAGUGUACACAGUGUUUUUUUUCCCUCACUUUACCCAUACUGGACUUGUCUCUUAAGACCAAAAUAUACUUUGGUAUUCUGUGUGCCGCAAAUUUUGCCAUCAGCACAGUAUGCCAGUGUUACCAUGUCCAAUAUUAUUAGCGACUUUUGGCUUGUUUUUUCAUGAAGACACUUUUAACUAUGGGCAGUCACGGGUUGCAUUUUUUGGGGAUUAUUUCCAGAAUACAGUUGCGUUUUUGGGCUUGCUUUUCCAGACCAGGCUGUUUGUUUUGCUAGCGAAAUCUGGCAACAAUGCAGUAUGCAUGUACUGUCCGUGCAUGCAUUAUCUGCACAUGUGCCUGUCGUUGACAGUACUAAAGAGUGUCACAAAGCAGUCAAAGUGCAUGCGCCGCAUAUGGGUUCGUGACCAAAAGAGUAUACUUUGAAAGGCUGAGUGCUUGACCUUGUGCGAGACAGAACAGCACAUGGAAAAAUAAAGUAUACCCUAGCCUUAGAUGCUGCCUAAGAUAAAUGCACUACCAGAGGUGAGGCCCCUUUUAAAACAUUUGGUAUCCUGGACAAACCUCAGUCUGAGCCCAGAAAACCAGCCCAACCAUGAAAAAAAUGGGAGAGGCAACUAGGGCUCAAAACUGAUCAACUUUGUCAAAUGCUACUCAUAUAAGAUUGAAUAUAAUAUUUAAAUAUUCUUUUAAUUGUUUUAAAUAUUUUAUUAUUCUGUUUUUUUUAAAAAAACAAAGAUUAUUUAUCCUGAAAUGUUAUGCCUUGUUAGUCCAUUCCUGACAUUAGAUGACCUGCACAGAGAAAAAUUAAGUAUACUAAGUAAAAAUUGUGUUAUGAAAUUGAAAGCAAAUACUGAUCAACCAAUCCAUCAACCAAUUAAUCAGUCCAUUUUAGGCCACUAAUGAGAACCAAUCUGUCUUUAUCUCUGUUUGGUGAAUGUGUGAAGUUUAGACAACCUCGUCUCAUAGUGAAAACGUGACUUUAUAUACAUUUUUGCAAAACUUCUUAUGUGUCUCUGUGUACAAUUCCCUACAGUUUCCAGGUGAAAUGAACACUAGAGGCGCUGCAACUACUGUGUUUUAUUCAGUUACACUCAAAUCAUGAUGUCAAUGACUAUAAAUACAUUUAUUUUUCUUUUUAUUACUUAAACCCUGCUAUGUUAUGAUAUCGAGACAUUUAUACUCUAACGCAGUAGUAUUCAACUGACGGACCACGGGCCAAAUCCGGCUCCUUUGAAAUUUUCAGUGGCCUGGGUGAAGUUGACAGUUGUCUUAGGGGCUGUUCACACUUAUUGCGUAUUGUGUCUGUUCACGCUGUUUUUCAGUUGUGUUCUAAUUCAGUUCAAUUGUGUAGCCCUUUCAGCCGUCCUCCUCAUAACACUCCUCCACUGACCCACAGAAUGAGAGAGAAAGGAGAUAGGGAGAGAAAACCCCCCAGCUGGACAUUUCACUAGAAAAGUGCAGCCAAAUGUGUUAUGAAACAAGUAAUUUCAGUUUCUGUCAAGCACUCAUGAUAUGAUGUUUAGUUGCUGUCCAUAUUUUAAAAUCAACUAUAUAAGAGACUUUUUAAGGGACUGAUAUGAAAAACCUCUGUCUUCAACAGCAUUGUACCAUGAUAGCAUUGCCUCCUAGUGUCAAUGUUAAGAAGUACUGCUCAGGAAGCUGCCACCUGGUGGUCGGACAGCAUUAAACAUCAGCUAAACCAGAAUACCUUCUCUGUAAAUGAAGAUUAAAAAACAGAAAUGCUUUUCAUAAAUAUGCUACACAGAAUAUCAGACAUGGAUUCAAUUAUUGUAAUCAAUAUUUAGAAUCAGAUCAGACAAAAAUAUGUUUGAGGUCCUAAACACUGACUGCUUUUCUGGGCUUUAUUUAACCAUGUAUGUGUUUCUCCAGGACUGCUUUUUAUGUAUUUUGUUUAUACCAGACAGCCUUAUAUUUUAAAUUGAGCAUUAAUUAGAUAUUAGGUGGAACUUUCAGCAUCAGUUUACAUGAUUCACAACAAUGGUAUAAGCACAAAUGAGUAAUGUCAUCAUUUAAUGAUUACCCUGGGAAUUUCUUCUCUUACUGUUGUCCUUUUUCAGUUCUUUUGACUUUAUACUAGUUGCAUUAGAAUAUAAAUGAUUUUAUGUUAGUGUAAAAAUCCUGCUGCAAUUAAGAUAUUUCUCACAUUAAUACAUUAUACAGUCUUAACCUGCUUAUGAUAAAUCAGAGUAUGUUGGAUUUUAAUCUGUCAUUUCAUUUUUUCUGUUUUUAAAUACCUCACUGUUUCUCCUACUGUACUGCAACUUUAAGUAGCAGUUUAAAUUUCUACUACUGUAUCCUGUUUUUUUGAUGUAAAAAAACAAAAAUGGAACUAAUCCUUUUUAGGGUUUAGCUAGUUGUUUGAAAAACAAUUAGUUAAAUUAGUUGUAUUUUUUAGACGACUUUAUUGCAAUUAAUUAGUGGUGUUAAAUUUAUGACCAGCUGUAUUUUUCCCUGAGCAAAUAAAGUUUUUUUUUUUUUUUUUUUAAUUUGUGUUGCUAAGCUUUUCAUUAUUUUCUCUAAACAAAGUACUUUUGAUUAUUAUUGCAUUAUUGUGCAUGUAUUCCUCACCCUGAGAAUACCACAAC